AUGCCCCGCUCACGGCAACCCGCUCGAUUCUCGAGCGAAGCUCCCUCCGAGUCCUCGAACUCGACCUCCCCGGACCGAACCGUCGACGACGAUACCGACUUCUUCACGUCCCAGGCAAAUGACUCGCAAUCCUCCGUCGGACUCGGCACCGUUCGAGACCUGAACGGCCGCGUCGACCAAGAAACGAUGCUUCCGCCGAUCGGUCGCCUGCCCCCCGAGAUUCUCAUCGCCAUCUUCUCCAAGCUCAGCGCGCCGACGGAUAUGUUAAGCUGCAUGAUGAGCAUCACGAGAUCCGUCGGCGACCCAACCGCGAUCUUUCCCUACUCGGAGCUCAUCAGGAGACUCAACCUGUCGGCUCUGACGGCGGAGGUCAGCGAUGGCACCGUGAUUCCCUUCUCGCAGUGCAAACGGAUCGAGCGUCUGACGCUGACUAAUUGCUCCAAGCUGACGGACAAGGGAGUGUCGGACGUGGUAGAGGGCAACCGGUAUCUACAAGCGUUGGACGUUUCGGAGUUGCGGUCCCUGACAGAUCACACCCUGUACUCCGUGGCUCGGAAUUGCCCUCGCCUCCAAGGGCUGAAUAUCACCGGAUGCAUCAAGGUUACGGACGAGUCGUUGGUCGUCGUGUCGCAGAAUUGUCGGCAGAUCAAAAGAUUGAAACUCAACAGCGUCGUCCAAGUGACGGGUCGAGCGAUUUUGUCUUUCGCCCAGAACUGUCCGGCCAUCCUUGAGAUCGAUCUGCACGGCUGCAAUCUUGUCAACAGUUCCUCCGUCACUUCUCUCAUGGCCACGCUCCCCAACCUCCGCGAGCUACGACUCGCUCACUGCACCUCGAUAGACGAUAUGGCAUUCCUAGAGCUGCCGAGACACCACUCCAUGGACAGCCUGCGCAUACUGGAUCUAACGGCCUGUGAAAACAUUCGCGAUGAAUCGGUGGAACGUAUCGUCCAGUCGGCUCCUCGCCUGCGAAACUUGGUCCUGGCGAAGUGUCGGUUUAUCACGGAUCGUGCGGUGUGGGCUAUUUGCAAGCUCGGGAAGAACCUGCACUAUGUCCACCUGGGUCACUGCUCGAACAUCACCGAUGCCGCGGUGAUUCAGUUGGUGAAGUCCUGCAACCGGAUUCGGUACAUCGACCUGGCCUGUUGCAACCGCUUAACGGACACGAGCGUCCAGCAACUCGCGACGUUACCCAAACUAAGGCGCAUUGGACUGGUUAAGUGCCAGUUGAUCACGGACGAGAGUAUCUUGGCUUUGGCCCGGCCCAAGGUUUCCAUGGGGUCGAGCUGCUUGGAGCGAGUCCAUCUGAGCUAUUGCAUCAGGUUGAGCAUGGAUGGAAUCCACGCUCUGCUCAAUAACUGCCCUCGACUUACGCACCUCAGUCUUACCGGCGUGCAGGAGUUUCUGCGGCCGGAGCUCACGGUAUUCUGUCGCGAGGCCCCUUCGGAAUUCACCAACCAGCAACGCGACGUCUUCUGCGUGUUCAGCGGCGAUGGAGUGUGCCGACUCCGGGACUAUCUCAAUCGAAACGUAACUCCUCAGCGGGAUCUGACCGAGGUUACCAUGUAUGACGAUGACGACGAACUAGACGAAGAAGAGGGCCAGACCCUCCCCGCUUUUCUCUUCCGCCUUCUGCUUUCUUUGCCUCGACUUCUUCCCUCCGCAUCUUCUCCUCACUGCACCUCGCGCCUUUCCUGCGACACUCGAGCUUUGUUCAUGGCUCCUCCCAGGCUGUCGCGGGCCAAUCCGCUGGCUUUCACCCCGUGGCCGGUGACGGUCAUCACGGCGAUCGUGUACCUGGCCCUGGCCAUCCCUCUGCUCGUUAUCCACCAUGUCGUGCCGUCAGCUCCUAGCUCCAACCCGAGCGGGCUGAAUAUCACCGAGGCCUGGGCCGAUCUCCAAGUGCUCUCCAGCGGGUUUCAUCCCUACAACUCGCGCCACAACGACGUCGUCCAUGAUUGGCUGCGCACCCGGAUCGACGAGAUCGUAAACGCCGCUCCUUCCCCGGAGGAGUAUCGAUCGCUCGACGAGGAGAAACCCGACGUUUUUGUCUUCGACGACACCCGCUCGAACCUGACGUUUACCGGCAGCACGCUUACCGCCGGAGAGCUCGGGGUCUACUUCGAGGGCACCAAUAUACUCGUCUACAUUCGGGGCUGGGGCGAUGAUCCGGACCAGUGGUGGGACGAUCCGAACGGCACGCCGACGGGCAAAGGAGGGGUGCUGGUAAACUCCCACUACGACAGCGUGUCGACGGGGUUCGGAGCCACCGAUGACGGAGUGGGCGUCGUCACCUGCUUGCAGCUGAUCAAGUACUUUACGACGCCGGGACAUGCCCCCCGGCGGGGCUUGGUGGUGUUGUUCAACAAUGGCGAGGAGGAUUUCCUGAACGGCGCGCGCGUGUACAGCCAACAUCCCAUCUCCCGUCUACCGCAUACUUUCCUGAACCUGGAGGGCGCCGGCGCCGGCGGUCGUGCGGCCCUGUUUCGCAGCACCGACACCGAGGUCACCCGGCCGUAUCUGCAGUCGCCGCAUCCGUUCGGCUCGGUGCUGGCGGCCAACGGGUUCGACAUGCAUUUGAUCAGCAGCCAGACCGACUAUGUGGUUUUCAACGGCGACCUGGGGCUGCGGGGACUGGAUGUGGCGUUCAUUGAGCCGCGAGCUCGGUAUCACACAAACCAGGAUGAUGCGCGGCACACGAGCAAGGACUCGCUCUGGCAUAUGCUCUCGGCCGCGGUGGCCACCACGACGGGCCUGGUAUCUGACGCGAGCGACCAGUUCGACGGCCCGGCAGCUAAGGAUCAAGAUAAGAUCCCCAGCGGAUCAGGGUCCAAGGCUGUCUGGUUUGACCUGUUUGGCAGUACCUUCGUUGUGUUUCGCCUGCACACGCUGUUUGCCCUGUCGGUGACAUUGCUGAUCGUGGCUCCUCUGACCCUGCUCGCCACGAGUAUCUCCCUCACGCGGGCCGACAAGAUGUACCUGUUCCGGUCCUCGGCCAAGUCAGAGGAUGGCCUCGAGAGGGUCCCAUUGCAAGGCCUUCGGGGCUUCUUCCGGUUCCCUUCGCUGUUCGUGAUUCCGACCGCCGUCACCGUGGGGUUGGCUUACUUGGUGACGAAGGUGAACCCGUUCAUCGUCCACAGCAGCGAGUACUCCGUCUGGAGCAUGAUGAUCUCGGCCUGGGUGUUCCUGGCCUGGUUCGUCUCCCGGGUGGCCGACUUCGCCCGACCAUCCGCUUUGCACCGCGUCUACACCCUGACAUGGCUGUUCAUCGUGGCGUGGGUUCUGCAGGUCAUUGCCACCGUUUACGAAAAUCAGAGAGGACUGGCCGGAGGAUACUUUAUCUUCUUCUUCUACUGCGGCGUCUUCCUCGCCACCUGGAUCUCAUACCUGGAGCUCUUCUCCUUGCCACGGAAGGGUGAGUACGCCAACCAGAUCCGACCAGUCUCGCGACGGCCCAGCAGCUAUGGGAGUCGACUGGGCACGGCCCACAGCCAGCGCGAGGACAUGGUCGAUGAGGAGGAAGACGAGACCGAUCAGGAUGGCGAGGAGGCGCCGACGGAGUCGACAUCCCUGCUGGGUGGUGGACAACGGACGACGUUUGCCAAUUAUGUGCGGGUGGCCGGGGAGCAUGGCCAUUACCGGGAUGGAGACGACGAAGACGAAGACCCCCAGGUCUACGGACGCGAACAGGCCUGGAGCUUGCACCUGCCCAAAUGGACGUGGGUCCUGCAGUUCCUUUUCAUCGCCCCGAUCGUCCUGAUCCUGGUGGGCCCUCUGGCACUGCUGCUUACCAGCGCGCUUCACCAGACGGGGCAGGACGGCAGCCCUCGGUUGUUCGUUUACAUCGCGGUGGCGGUGUUGACGACGCUGCUCCUCACGCCGCUCCUCCCCUUCAUCCACCGGUACACCUACCACCUGCCGAUGUUCCUGCUGCUUGUGCUGCUGGGCACUCUGAUCUACAACCUGGUGGCGUUCCCGUUCUCGGAGACCAACCGGGUGAAACUGUACUUCAUGCAGGAGGUCGACCUGGACGACGGCAGCAACCGGGUGUCACUGACAGGCAUGCCGCCCUUCGUGCACGACGUGGCCCGGGAUCUUCCCAGCGCGGCGGGCCAAGAUCUCAGCUGCGAGUUGGUUGGCAGCCGACCCAAGUGCGCCUGGGCUGGGCAGGCUCCCCGGGUCGCGGCGCAGCACCCCGACGACCGCCAACCACCAAUGGCCGACUGGCUCUCCUUCAACAUCUCCCGAUCCACCAAUGGGUCGCGCGCCCGCUUCGAGGUGUCGGGGCUAAACACGCGCGCCUGCAAACUCGCCUUCGACCGCCCCAUCUCCAGCUUCCACGUCGACGACGGCGCCGUCGAUCCUCGCUUCCCGCACACCUCCCCCACGGGCAUCCGUGAGGUCCGCCUCUGGAGCCGCACCUGGGACCGCACCUGGCACGUCGACGUCGAAUGGGAGCCGUCGUCGGAUUCGGAGAGCCCUGGUAUCAGCGGCCGGGUCGUGUGCCUCUGGAGCGAUCAGAAUCAGGUCGGGCUGAUUCCCGCCCUGGACGAGAUCCUGCAGUUGGCGCCGGUGUGGGUGGCGGUGAGCAAACUGUCGGAUGGAUUGGUGGAGGGCAGUCGGGCGUUUAGCAUUUAG